UUGGGAGAUACCGGAAGUAAACAUCGGAAACGAUUUGAUCAUAUUUCAGUAUGAGCGCCAUUCUUCCUCGGAUAGAGCAGCUGUCCGCCAGGGUGGUCCGGGUUUUGGGCUGUAACCCGGGACCGAUGACCCUGCAGGGAACCAACACUUACCUGGUCGGCACCGGGGAAAGGAGAGUGCUCAUAGACACCGGAGAACCUGCUGUUCCUGAAUACAUCAACAACCUGAAACAGGCACUGAAGCAGUUUAGGACCAGCAUCCAGGAGAUCAUCGUCACCCACUGGCAUCACGACCACACAGGCGGCGUGGAGGACAUCUGCAGGGACAUCUUUGGUGGUUCUGAUGUCCGAGUCAGCAAACUUCCUCGCUCCAGUAAUGUCAGAGAGACAGCCGGAAACAAAAGCUAUACUUACCUAAAGGACGGAGAUCUGGUCCAGACGGAGGGGGCCACGCUAAGAGUGCUGUUCACCCCCGGUCACACUGACGACCACAUGGCGCUGCUGCUGGAGGAGGAGCAGGCGCUGUUCUCAGGUGACUGCAUCCUGGGUGAAGGUACAGCCGUGUUUGAGGAUCUCUACGACUACAUGAAGUCUUUAAAGAUCCUGCUGGACUCUAAGGCAGACCUCAUCUAUCCUGGUCACGGCCCUGUGGUUCAGGAUGCAGGCUCUAAGAUCAGGUACUACAUCAGCCAUCGGGACCAGAGAGAGCAGCAGAUCCUGGCGGCCAUUCAGGACGGAGCAGGAAGGCCAUUCUCCUCGAUGGAGCUGGUCAAGAUCGUCUAUAAGGACACUCCUGAAAACCUUUAUCAGGCAGCCAAUGUGAACCUGGUUCAUCAUUUAAAGAAACUGGAGAAGGAAGGGAAGAUCAGCCUGGUGAAUGAGUCUCCACAGAGCAUCAGAUGGAGGAGUAACCUGUGAUGUCCAUGGAGGCCAUAAAUAAAUCAGCUCUUAUUGAU